AUGAUACCAUACGGGUUUGCCAGAGGCAAUGAGGACACAUAUUCGGACAGUAGCUUGAAGAACCAGGCCGUCAUGAGGUAUGAGAUCACGAACAGAGAGUUGGCGAACCACUACUACUCGAAGCUUGCGACUAAGCGCGGGAUCUUAAGGAAGCAGAACAACGGCACCAGGCCCGUGAACAGCUUCAGGCUCGUCGCGUCGCCCCCCCUAGCGGUGUCGUUCAGGAAUGGGGUGCCGUGGAAGUUGCUCGACCGCGGCUACGUGGAGGUCUCAAGGAGGGUCUUGUCGAAGGCGAACUUCAUGCACCUCUCGCCCGACGGGUACUGCUCCGUGAGGAAGAUCGAGGUGGGGGAGACGAUCAUCGUGGGGAGAUGCCCAUCGCAGGGGGUGGACUCGAUCGCGAUCCCGUGGGAGCUCUGUAGACUAACGAACGCGGACUUCGACGGGGACGAGGUGUGGGGGUUGGUGCCUAUGACCGUGGCGGGAUCCGAGGAGGUGGAGAAGAGGUGGUUCGAGAUGUGGGAGUCGAACGAGGAGCAGACCGUCUUCAACAACGCAUACGAGAUGGGGGUCAGGAGCAACGUCAGCAGCGAGGUGGACCCGGCCAUGUUGACGACCAUGACGGUCAGGGAGAUGUCCGCGCACAAGGGCGGGAAGAAGUACGACAGCAUGAUGCUCAAGCCUACGUCGUGGUCGCAAAUGUAUAAGGUCAUGAUGUCCAAGACCUACUGGCAGUCGUCCGUGACCAGGGGCGAGAACGGCAUCUUCAACGUGUAUAUGGGUAGGAGCUCGUUGGCGGACCCCUACGGGUACAUGAGAACGGGCAUUAUAAUGGGGUGCUGCCUCAACGUCAACGACGACAGGGUAGGGAUCAACUCUUACCAGAUUCUCAAGGUCCCGAAGGCAUUGAACGAAAAACAGUCAUGUAGCGUGCCAUAA